GCUACGGAAAGGGCCGAAGACCGUCACGCUAGUGGCGCAUGCUCCAGAAACGUCAUGGGCAAUGUGUUUCCGUCUGGUUGAUCUUCGCUCGUUAGGUGAGUACACACAGUAUCUUCCAGUCAUUAUCUGCCAUUAACACGGCGCGACAGUGCCUAUAUCCGCAGAUACCGGGCCGAUUCGAUCAGUCGUCCUUUCCCCUCGCUGCGACGACGUGGAAGCGAUGCCUUUUCCUUGAAGCUUUGCAUUAAAAGCGCGUAAUUGCUUCUUCCACGAUGCUUCCUCCAGGCUUACGCACGCCCCGUGAAGUGGUACUUUAUUAUGACCAAGUCUACUUCGACCUCGUCGAUUCUGGCAGGGCUCAUCAGUUCCUUUACCCAUGGGGCGCUGCCGGAGCAGUCCUCAUUCUCGCCUAUCUUCUCCUGGAUCAUCGCAACUCUCGCCUGCUACAAUGGUGCCGCUUUCCAGUCUUUGGUGCCUUCAGCGCCUUUCAGUCAUGGUGUAUCUUCACCAAUCGGGCACGAAGUCCAGCCUCGGCUUUCGGUGUAGGGUUGAUUUCCUCUUGGGGCUGGCUUUGGGUAUCGGCUAUCAUGGUCGUAAAUGACUGCCAGGUCGACUUCAAGCGUAUAGAGCGUGCCAUCAUAGGGCCCGGCUCCAAAAACGAGCGAGAGCAUCCACACCGGCAUGGGGCAAACGGAUCCGUCGAAUCGGCGCCCGAAGAUGACACGCUACGCCAGAGGAAGGCCGUUGAACGACCCGACGAUCCGUCACGGGCUGAACCCCAUAGUGUUCAGUACUUCUGGCAGGCCUACCCGUCAGCACCAUUUCUCGUACGCCUCGACUGGGUUGCCGAUGUCUUCUGCAGCUUUCGUGGUGUAGGCUGGGAUUGGCAGACCGCAGGCGUUCCACCGCCACCUAAGAGUGUCGAGGUGGGAUUACGUGGUGAGGUGCCGGACCCAAGCAAGGAUGAAGAGUUUACAACAAGUCGGACUGGCAUCCGUCGGUAUGCCCACAGAGGUGCCUUAUUGCGCCACUCAUUCACUAGCCUCGCUAUCGGCUACCUUGCCCUUGACGCUCUGAAGACCUUUAUGCACCAAGACCCGUACUUCUGGGGCUAUACCGAUAGUCCAGCACCAGUCUUCAUGCCGACUGUUGUUCGAGACUCCUAUUUUCUCACCAAAACGUACCGCUUGCUCCUAAGCCUGGCUGCCAUCUACUUCGCACUAUGGACAAUCUUCAAGCUUGGCCCAGCCUUCUUUUGUGGCAUACUAGGGCCGAAAUGGAUCGGUGUCCGCGGUGAGCCUUGGAUGAAUCCAGCCGACUCCUUUGGUUCAUUCAUGCCUGUGCUUGACAAAGGCUUAGCUGGGUGGUGGGGUGGAUGGUGGCACCAAACUUUCCGCUUUGCAUUUGAAUCACCCGCCGCCCGUCUGACAGAGGCUUUGGGAAUCAGCAAGCGCUCGACUAUUGGCAGGUUGCUCUCGCUUUUCAUCGCUUUCUUUCUCUCCGGCUGCUUGCACGCUUGCGGUAGCUACACGCAACUUGGGGAAACUCGGCCUGUACUGGGACCCAUGCGAUUCUUCAUUCUCCAAGCUGUAGGCAUAUCAAUGCAAACGCUGGGUGUGCAGCAGCUCAAGCGAGCUGGCAUAAUUGAGCGGUGUCCGAAGGCCCUCUGCCAGCUUACAAACUUGGUGGUCGUCCACGUUUGGCUGUACUACACCGCACCCCUACUUGUCGAUGACUUUGCGAAAGGUGGAGUAUGGCUGUUCGAACCGGUGCCUUUCAGCCUGUUCAGGGGACUGGGCUUAGGUGCACCAGACGAUGGAUGGUUCUGCCUGUCGCAUGGUGUGGCGUGGUGGCACAGUGGCAAGGCCAUCUUCGAUACUGGCAUAGCAUUGUGAGACACUUCAUUUCGACCUUCUAGAACGGUAUAUAUCACUCUACGUUUUGCUUGGUCACCGACCGCUGCAACGUUGAGUCCAAGAACAACGACCAUCGCGAAAGGACGGUCGCCAGCUCCACUAUACAGAAUCUGGCUGUAUUGGUAGGAACGGCAAAAUCGCUUCAACUGUGAAC